AUCAUCUACUUUUCCAGACAUUUACAGCCAAGGAUGCUAGUUGCCAUGGGACCGACAAAUAAUAGUGCGUGAUAUAUAUUAUCAGCCACGAAGAGGAGAGAAGAUAGGAUAAACUCCAUGGCUGAUCAUUCGAAGAAGCUUCAUAUAGCCAUGUUCCCAUGGCUAGCCUUCGGUCACUUAAUUCCAUUUUUAGAGCUUGGCAAGCUCAUAGCCCAAAAGGGUCACCGUAUUUCAUUCAUAUCAACCCCAAGAAACAUCGAACGCCUUCCGAAGAUCCCAUCAAAUUUAGCUCCUUCAAUAACUUUCGUGAAGCUUCCCUUACCCCAUGUAGAAAACCUGCCAGAAAACGCAGAAGCCACCAUGGACGUGCCAUACCACAUAAUCCCAUACCUUAAGAAAGCCCACGAUGGCCUCCAACAACCUUUAUCUCAUUUUUUAGAAACUUCAGCUCCUGAUUGGAUUAUUCACGACUUUGCCCCUCACUGGCUACCACCAAUUGCUACCAAGCUAGGCAUCUCCCGGGCUUUCUUCAGUAUUUUCAAGGCAUCAUCUUUGUGCUUUUUUGGACCGUCAAAAUCGAGUGUAACGGAAGCUCACGAACCCCGAACAGAGCCCAAGGAUUUCACUGUCCCUCCCAAAUGGGUCCCGUUUCCAACCAAAAUAGCGUAUCGGUUGUUUGAGGCGAAGAAAAUAUUUGAAAGCUUUGAAGAAAAUGCUUCCGGCGUUUCGGACUGGUUUCGUCUCUUGACUAUCUACUUAGGCGCCGAUGCCUUGGCUGUUAAAACCUGCACGGAGAUCGAAGGUGAGUGGAUGAAGCUCCUAGGAGAGCUUCAUGAUAUAGUACCUGUAAUUCCGGUGGGCUUAUUGCCACCCUCAACACAAGAAAUCGGAGACAACAACAAAGAUAGCACAUGGGGUACGAUUGGUGAGUGGUUAGACAAGCAAGAGAAAGGAUCAGUGGUUUAUAUAGCGCUCGGAAGUGAAACUCAACCAACUCAACAAGACUUCACAGAGUUGGCUCUUGGACUUGAGCAAUCGGGGUUGCCCUUCUUUUGGGCUCUAAGAAAGAGAAGCGGCUCCGUCGGUGGGGAUUCAGUUGAGCUACCGGAAGGAUUCGUGGAGCGAACCCAAGGUCGUGGGGUUGUUUGGACGGAUUGGGCGCCUCAGCUGAGGAUAUUAGCUCACGAAUCGGUUGGGGGUUUCUUGACUCACUGUGGUUGGAGUUCGGUGACAGAGGCAUUGCAAUUUGGACGCGCACUCAUUAUGCUACCCUUCUUGACCGACACAGGAUUGAUAGCAAGGUUUUUGGAAGAGAAGGAGGCAGGAGUUGAGGUGCCCAGAAAUGAAGAAAACGGCUCGUUUACAAGGGAGUCGGUGGCCGAAACGUUGAGGUUGGUGGUAAAGGAUGUAGAGGGAAAGAUUUAUCGAGACAACGCCAAGGAAAUGGCCACCAUAUUCGGAGACAUGAACCUCCAGUCCACAUACAUCGACAAAUUUGUUGAGUUGCUUGAAAACCGCCGCCGUGUCAGGGAGGGUUGAGUUCUCUACUUACAGGUUAAGUGAAAAAAAAGGUAAAGCAUUGUUGUAAAAAAGUUAUGGAAUAAGGCAGUAAUUUAAGUUAGCAUUGUUUUGCCGAUGUUAGGUUUUGGAAACAAUGUUAAAUAAUGUUGUUUGUGUUGGUUGAAAUUGAAAAUAUUAAACAAUGUUAAAUAUUUUAUGUAAAUUUUGUUUCUAAACUUAA